GAGACUGAAAGUGUGAAUUCUCAGCGCGGAGCGGGCAGGGGUCGGGGGUGGAGGUCGCUGCUGCAAGCCUGGGCGGGGCCGCGGCUGCGCCUCCAGCGCGGGGGGCGCGGGGGCCCGGCGGGGAAGCCCGGCCGCUGCGCCUCCGGGGCCGGGCGCCGCGCUCUGGGGAACGCCGCCCCCGGGCCGGUGGCAGCUCCUCCUCGGGCGCCUGUAGCCGCCGCGGCCAUGUUGGCUGAGGGCUUGAAGACAAAGCCGCUUGGAGACACCGGGGUGGCGUCAUCUGGGCACGAUGCCGCAGGAGCGAAGUUCGUGGGGCCGCGUUGCCGCCAUCUCUUAGGAAGGCACCUUCCAGUUCUGGUUCUAGGUGCACCUGCAGCCACCCCCGUGGGCCCUCAAGGGGCCGUUUCUGGUCUCCAGGCCUCACGACGGCGCCCCGACCCUCGGGCCCGGCCGUGGAGCGUUCUGGAUCGCGGAGGCUCCGCGGACCCCCGCGGGUAGAGCUGGCGCUGGCCCGCCGCCCCGGGUGGCACUUACGAUGGCGCCGCCCACGGCCCUGCUCCCCGCACGGGAACCUAACGGGGCCGGGCGCCAGGGGGGGACACCCGAGCCCGUGAGCUUCGAGGACGUGGCCGUGUACUUUUCCCCGGAGGAGUGGGGGUGUCUGCGGCCCACGCAGAGGGCCCUGUACCGGGACGUGAUGCGGGAGACCUACGGCCACCUGGGCGCGCUUGGCUUCGGAGGCACAAAGCCAGCCCUCAUCUCCUGGGUGGAGGAAGAGGCCGAACUGUGGGGUCCAGAUGCCUGGGAUCCUGAGAUGGGAGAGUGUCCUACAGAAGCAGACACAGCAGGUUCCAGAGACAAGGAAGAGAAAGGACAAAGAGAAGGGACCGAGGCACUGGGGAAGAUCCUUUGUGUGGACGCUCAGCCUCCUGGGCUGACGGCUCUCAGACCCCUUUCUGCUGGGUUUUCUUAUGGUUGGGAGCAGCCAUCGAAGGUGCCUCGCCGGGGUCGCCCACCACUCUGUGCCCAUCCCCCGGUCCCCAGGGCAGACCAGCGGCACGGUUGCUACAUGUGCGGGAAGAGUUUCGCCUGGCGCUCCACCCUGGUGGAGCAUCUGUACACCCACACGGGCGAGAAGCCCUUCUGUUGCCCUGACUGUGGCAAGGGCUUCAGCCAGGCCUCCUCUCUGAGCAAGCACCGGGCCAUCCACCGUGGGGAGCGGCCCCAUCGCUGCCCGGACUGUGGCCGGGCCUUCACCCAGCGCUCCGCUCUCACCACCCACCUCCGGGUCCACACGGGCGAGAAGCCCUACCGCUGUGCUGACUGCGGCCGCUGCUUCAGCCAGAGCUCCGCCCUCUACCAGCACCAGCGGGUCCACAGCGGCGAGACCCCCUUCCCCUGCCCGGACUGUGGCCGCGCCUUCGCCCACGCCUCCGACCUCCGGCGCCACGUGCGCACCCACACGGGCGAGAAGCCCUACCCGUGUCCAGACUGCGGGCGCUGCUUCCGGCAGCGCUCGGAGAUGGCAGCUCACCGGCGCACCCACAGCGGCGAGCGCCCCUACGCCUGUCCGCAGUGCGGCAGGUGCUUCGGCCAGAAGUCAGCCAUGGCCAAGCACCAGUGGGUUCAUCGGCCCGGGGCGGCGGGGCGCAGGGGCCGGGGUGCCAGUGGGUUGCCUGUGCCGCUGGCCUCUGGCCACGGGGACCUGGAUCCACCCGUGGGCUUCCAACACUACCCAGAGAUAUUCCAGGAGUGUGGGUGAUGGCCUCGGUGGUGACAAGGCAGAGGGUGAAGAUUAAGACAUUGUCUGAGGCCCAGGGUGGCCUCAGGGGCCUGAAACUGGCAGCCCCAGGGAGGCCGUAGAAUUCCCAGCCAGAGCUGGACCUGGGGGAGGAGGACUGUUUCAUCCUAGGCCCUCACCAGCUUCAUCUGAUACCUUGUUCCCCCUGUCCCAGGCUCUGGAAGCCCCCUUUGCUGAGUUAGGGCUGAGGUAAGAGCCCCCCACUAGACUUCCACUGUGGGGAAGAAGAGGCUGUUUCUAAGAGGAUUGAGGUGGAGAACUUUGUCUUAUCCAUUGACUUUACUGCAGAAGUUAAAAACUCAUGGCGGGAUACUGAAUCUGGCCUGCAGUAGCCUUUUAAAAAAUAUAUAUAUAUAUAUUUUAGCCCAGCCAGCAUUUUUAAAUGUUAUGAAUUAUUGGUUAAGAUUUAAAAGUCAGGAUAUUUCACCAGGAUAUUUCACAAAACACCAGGUUUCUGGCCUCUUUUGAAAAAUCUGAAGAUUUGGCAGCUCCACCUGAGCUCCCACAAAACCACAGUUGGUGGGAGCUGAGGGGCAGUUGCCCCUUUGGGUGGAGCCCAGGCUCUUCAGUUCAGCGAGCCUGCCACUCCUUAUCGCCUCCUGACCAGUGUCAGCUGACACAAGUCAUGGCCUGCCCACAUCUCUGGCAAAACAGGCCCUCUCCAUCUGGCAUUUUUCUGCUCAUUUACAUGACCUGUUAGGCUCCUGUAGUCAUUUGAGUUUGCAAAUUCUAGUCUACAGCACUCAAUUGUUCUUGAAUCAGGGAUUCAGGUAGAGAGCAUAUUUGUGAAAGGGUGGCAGGAGAGAAGUAAAAGCGGGCUUUAUGUUAGAUCUUGGCUCAUAUUGCAUUUUAUGGUUUACAAAGUACUGUCUUGUCCGUCAACUCAUUUCACCCUCAUAACUGCCUAUGGAAGCAAGCAUCUUGCUUGGAGAGGACAGCCCAUCAGGAAGAGGUAGUCAGGACUGAAUCUCUUGCCCCAAAUGGAGUGGUAUCUCCAACGCAGCAUCACUAGCUGACCUGCACUUCCUGUUUUUUAAGGGGAAGGGCCUGAGAGCCCCUCUAAGUCCUCUCCUUGGGCCUCCCUGGGAGAGCCCUAUGGCUCAGUCUUUGCCACUCUAGGCUCAGCCAGGAGGGCCUCAUCACAUUUUUGAGUUGGAAGAGAUCUUAGCUUUUCCAUCCUUUUGGAGUUGGGGACACUGAGACUGGGGAAGGCUGAGCAACCUAUCCAAGGUCACACACAGAGUGAGAUGCUAGGAUUCUUGAUUUCCUGCUGUCUUUACCAUACCACUCCUGAGUUCCUUGCCAGUGCCUCAGCCAGGGUUCUGGAGGCAUCUGCCCACUCCCUGAGAUGACACACAGGCACUGACCUAGACUAGAGACAAAGCAGCCCAGUGUUAGUGAAGCCCAGGUACAAGAUGAGUGACAAAACAGCCACAUAGCCGACAAGGCAAGGGAGAAACAAGGAGAGAGGAGAGUUCCAGGGCCAACAAAAUCAAAGCUUGCAUCUUCAGUCUCUUUGGGACCUCCAUCACCAACAAAGGGGAACCAGGCCAGGAGCAUUAGGGGUUAGUAGCCAGAGGAAACUGUACUCAUCUAUAUUCCCAAGCUCUGCACAGACUCCGUCCCCCAUCAUUCUGUGACUUCAUUGUCCAUCUACCACUCAUUCCUUUGUGGUUAGAGUCCAGCUUUGUCCAGGUGAUAGAAGGAGCCAGCCAUGGGCAGACCCUUUCCUGCCUGUGGUCAGGAUGACCCUUCCCUUCAAGUAGGAGUAGCAAGGACUUAUGUCGUUGGUGGCCUGUGUGCACUUGCCUUCUGACAACUCAGCCCUGUGUCUGGCCUAACUUAGGAAGAAACUAGAUUUAUCUACCCAAAGAAACUCCUAAAGGAAGAGGUGCAAAACUUGGGGAAAAGACACUGUUCAGGUAAAGUGAUGAACUGACUUGAUUCCAACCUGAUCUUCCAAUCUGACCGCACCAAGACCUCUCUUAGCCUAAACUUCAGUGGGAGGAUCGGCUUAUAUGCCACCUGUCACAAGGGGAACGUGGGAGUGAGGAGAGGCACCUUGGCAGUGGUAGCUACCUUUGCACCAGCUUUUAUUCGCCUAGAGAAGCCAGUGUACAACCUAUCCUUCCCCUGCCCCUCAGCACUGUCUGGGGAAAGCACAGCCUGCAAUACCAGUUCUCAGCUCAGCCUCAGAGCCAGAUCUGGACCCUGCCCUGAGCUUGCCAAUUAAAGGUCUUUGAGGCGCAGGCCCUGAAGCAAUUUAAGCUAGGAAGAGGGUUUUCCUAGGGCUUCAUUGUGCAUCAAGAGAAAUGCUUGUCUGCACCAGAGACCCAUCCACAUGGCCAGAGUGAGAGGUCAAGGCCACGACCACAUGGCCCAUCCCUAGUUUGUCCAAGCCAUGUGAAGGGUAAGUAUUGAUAUGAGCUCCAAAGACCCCUAAAUUGGGGGUGGGGGGGAGCCAGCGGUGGAAAUUUGUUUAUGUAUAUCUUUCUAGGAACAGUAUAUGCAAAGACGUUUAUGACUCAGAAGCUAAAACCUGCUUUAGGCAAGUAUUUUUCAAAGUAAGGCCUUCCUGCCACAGAAUCACACGCAGUAUCUCUUCAAAAUGCACCUAGAUCCUUGGGCCCUGUCCCUAGUCUAUUGAAUCAGUAUCUCCAGGGGUGAAAUGUUAUGGCUGCUAAAGUUUGAGAGAAUCACUGCUCUGAACAUAAAAAUUUAUUUUCUAGCUGCUCUUAGCUUUACAAGAGUAGGGAUUGGUCUCAGGGCCUGUUCUAAAUGUGUCAGGCCAGCUGAUGACCUCGCCAUACACAAAGACUCGCAUUUCCUUUGUUCUUCCCAAAGGGGCCUGUGGUCUCUUCCUGGCUACCUCAAAUCUUCUUGAAUAUACCGGAGCAUCUCUUGUAGCAUCUGACAAAAGGCCUCACAGAGGGCUUGUCCUUUGCAUGCAGGGAGGAAGCAGAUCACACAGGAGCCCGCCUCACACUGAGAACCUUUGUCAGGACUCUCUCAGGUGUGGGCCUAGUUGGCCGGACCAUAAACCAUGGCUGUGCCCUGAAUAGCUCUGCCCCAGUGCUGCUGCACACCGGGAGAUGAUGCUGUGGACAAAGUGACUGCCCAACUCAGGACACGCACUGAGUCAAGUUGGAACCCUCGUCAGAGGCUUCCCUGUGCUCAGAGCCUGUCCCUGCUAUGGGCGUUGGCAGGUAGAGGCUGGCUGCCUCUCAAAGUUCCAUUGCAUAGAGAGGACGGGUGCUGGUGGAGGCUGCCUGGAAGUCGGCCAGAUACUAGUGAGACUGAAUUUCCAAGUGGAAAUACUGGUGCCAGAGCAGACUGAAUCCCUGGCCCAACUUCUGCUACUCAUGGGGCUUGUGGCCCAUGCUAUGAAGAGUGCAGGCAGCGGACCAUGUCAGAGCUGGGGCUGGAGGGCUCACCACACACUUUGCAGGGGACAGCUGCUCUCCUAUGUGAAUUUUCUGGUGAGUAAGCAGGUUGGAGGCCAGAGAAAAGUGUCUUAUGAAGGAGACUUUUGUCUCUCAUUUGUGUGCUUUGGGGAUGACCAGGAGGUGCCCCAGGUCCAGCUCUUCCCAUAAUCACUGCACUUGUAGGGUGUUCUGCCUGUGUGGGCCCUCUAGUGCUGGACCCUGUGAGCCAUUCUUCACAAAGGUUUUAGGACAGGCAUUGAAAUGGCAGAGACGCAUGGAGCUGGAAGCUGACCCCCUGGAGGGCAGAGGAUUCCUGCUUUAUUUGUAGGAAGGUAUCUGUCUGUAAUUCUGUUUGUAAGCCUCUACUGAGAACGGAGACUGAGUUUCUCCAGCCUUUUUCCAUUUGAAAUUCUCCAAAUUCUUGUUCUUAUCCCUUCUCAGGAGAAUGGAAGAUGCCAUCUUUGCUCCUAACCAGUUUCCUCCCUUCCAUUAUCUGAGAAGGCAACAAGAAAACAAUCUAUGGCUCCUGCAUCACUCAUACAGGGAGAAUUUGGUUCAUUAAUUGUCAGGAAAACUACCAGCUAGUUUCAGCAGCAAGGGUAGACAAAGGACAAAAAUUGGAUCCUAUUGUCUUUUCAGGGUCACGUUUCCUUUGAUUCAAAGCUGCACCUACGGCAGUGUUUCUCGGGUUCCCUUCCUCUACAAGCCUCUAUCCAAGUCAGACAGAACUAGAGAGGGCGUAGCUGCCUUAAAGGCCAGAUGGUUCUCUAUCCACUUCCCCUCCUUAAGUCUGUUACCUUCACCUGAAGAAAUUCCAUAGGACCCUUGCCUCCCAGUGAGAAAAUCCAGGACCUAGGGGCUAAGGUUCCAAGGGAUUGAGUCAAACUCAGGCUUUGGGAAAGGCGGAAGGGAGAGGCAGGGUAACAGAAAAGGAAGCAACCUUCUUUCUGUGACAGGACCUGUGGGAAGAAGGAAAAUGCUGGGAAGGAGAGUGUGGGAAGAGACCGGGGAGUCAAGGGUGUCUGUCCUCAGAUCCCUUGUCUUUCAUUCUCCAGACCUAAUGAAGGGUAAAUGGGGGCGGGAAAAGGUCUGAAACCACAGGCUCGACAAGAAGUGAGAGGCCAGGGACCUCCCUCCCACUCCUCCCGCUGGCACUUCUGGAGCGCGGGGAAGGUGGAACCGGCCUGCGCACGCGACAACCAAUCAGAAAGGUGCCUCGCGUUCCCUGGCGACCAUUAAAGCCUAGCAGUUGGUGUAGUGAGAGGAGGCGGGGCGGUGAGAGCACGAGCUCCACCGACCAAUCGGUGAGCCCCCUGGGAGGGAGGGGCGGUGCCUCUGAAGCUGGAGGCGGGGCUGUUUCCUUGGCAACGAUCCUAGC